AUGAAUGGUAUUAUGACGACAUCGAGUCAUUCAAACUUUUAUAAUCAGGAUUUAGUUGGGGCACCAUCAAGCUCAGAUCACAUUCCUGGUCCUUCAUCUCAGGACCAACCCACUAAUAAUAAUUCUCCUCAACAUCACCAUCAGCAUGACCAAUCUCAAACCACUCAUCAAAACCACCCAUUAAACCAACCCAUUCACCACCAUCCUACUCAGCAAAAUCAGCUGGAGUCACAACAGUCAAGACAAUCACAUCAUUUGCAGCAACAGCAACAACAACAACAACAGCAGCAGCAGAAUCAACAUAACCAACAAAACUUAGCUUCAUCUUCUACAAGUUAUGAAAUGCCUUCGAUAUAUCAACAAUUUACAGGCUCUUACCAACAAACACGAGUACCAAAGAACUUUCUAUUGGAAAAUGCAAACUACUACACAUUACAACCAGGAUUUCCUCUUGUUCAGGCAGCUGAUUAUUAUAGUACUCCAACAACCACCUCUGCCAAUGAUUAUCAAAACUCGACGAUAAAUCUGAUAAUUAGCCCAUCAUUCCAAAUGGGUUCAGUUUCAACACCUGAUACUCAAAAUUCAAGCAUUCGGAGCAAGCAACAACAGCAACACUCAUAUCAGCAACAACAACCACAGCAGUUGCUGCAAUCACAGCAUCAACUGCAAGUUCCAGAUAUAUUUUAUACUCAAGGCGGUACAAUUGGAGGUUAUGUCACGACAAAACAACAACAAAAAGAGUUUUCAAGAAAAACCAGUGGAGAUCAAACACUUGUUCCCCAAACCAAUUCUAAAUUACAACAACAAAUUUCGGAGACUUCAUAUCUGCAGCAGCAGCAGCAACAACAAUCACCACCAACACCUCAAAAACAGCAGCAACAGCAACAUUAUCAGCAUCAAACAACUCAACCUUAUGGUGGUACAGGCUUUAUGUUGUAUUCUCAAACUGGAGGUCCAUCUUCAUCACCAGUGGCUGGUAAUAUCUCAAUACCAACAACGAUUGCUACUACUGGUCAGCCAAAUUCUCAGUUUCAGUUCACUUAUGGAUCGCCUCAACAAGGAUCUUCAUCAAAAACUAAUCAAAUGUAUUUAUAUCAAAGACAGCAGCAACAACAGCAACAGCAUCAACAACCGCAAUCACAACAAAUGUCUCAAAUAUCACAAUUGUCUCAACAAAUACCACCUCAAGGUUCGAGUAAAAAUAUCCUGAUCAAUUCCACUCCGACAAAAUCAAGAGCGUCAUCAAUCACCACCCGUAGUGGACGUCAAUCCAGAUCUACUUCAAUCAGUAGUUUUAUACCUCAACCUGAUUACCCAGAACGUGUAAUUCGACCAAAAGUUGCCACAACAAGAUGGGAUGAUGAAAAUACCAAUUGUUAUCAAGUUCGAGCACGAAAUAUUUUAGUUUCUCGUCGUGAAGAUACCAAUUAUAUUAAUGGCACAAAAUUAUUGAAUGUCAUUGGUAUGACACGAGGUAAACGAGAUGGAAUACUAAAGACGGAAAAGAUUAAAAAUGUGGUUAAAGUUGGAUCAAUGAAUUUGAAGGGGGUUUGGAUUCCUUUUGAUCGAGCAUAUGAAAUUGCUAGAAAUGAAGGUGUUGAUAGUUUAUUAUACCCUUUAUUUGUCAAAAAUAUAAAGCAAUACUUUUUAACCAAGGGUCACAAAUUGAAGAGUGAAGAUGACGAGCAAGAGAUUUUAGAAGAAGGUAUGACAAGACAAAGAGAAGAAGUAAGGAGAGAAGGAAGGUCAAAUGGGGUUGGUGAUUUCCACAAUGAAGAAGAAGAAGAGAUUGUGGGAAUACAAGAAGAUGCAGGUCCUAACACUGCUGAAAAUGAUGUUCCUGGCGAUGACGAAGAAGAAGAAGACGACGAUGAUGAUGAUGAUGAUGACGAGGAAGAAGGCGAACAAGAUGACGAAGAAGAAGAGGAUGGGUCUUCAACUUCGAUGUCAAGUAGUAAGAAUUCAGAAUCCAAAUUAUUGGAAACACGUGACGUGAUUAAAAGUAUUGUUGAAGAAGGUGAUUCAACUACAGGUAAUGUUUCAGAAGUUAAAUAUGUUCAUGAAUAUCUUGAAAGAUCUCCACAAUCAACUGCCAUAAAGGAAGAAGACCUUUACUAUGGUUCAUCUCAUAAUACACCUCUAACUGUUCACAAAACAUUAUGA